UACCUUCGCCGAGGAAUCCAGUAUUACAGAUCAACUGUGUUCGCCAAAAUGUGGAAGAGUUUUGCUCCAUUUCUGCUUACUGUCUUACUGCAAGCAGCAUUGGGAACUGAGGCGAAUUAUGAACGUCAGUUGCCGCAAAUGUCUUUCCAAAAUGCUCUGCUGAAACUUCAGAUAUACGGUAAGAAGUCGUACAGAGAUGCGGUUGUUCAGACUUUGCACUCCACUGUGAAGCGGAUAUCGCAGGUUCAUCCAAGAAAAUACUCUGCAUUCUCUGACCUACUUGAAGGCUCUAAUCGACAGUGCUUCCUAGACAUGUCCUCAAUUCUAUCAGAGAUAGGUAAUCGCAAUCUGAGUGGUCUCCAAUGGGUCGAUGCAUCAGGACACCUCCCCAGCGGACUAACUGGUGGAGCUGUGCACUGGAUUGGCAGCUUCAGCGUCUGUUUGAGUAUCCCAGAAGAACUUUACCCGGUUAAGAACAAACUUCCGUCUCAAUACUGCACUGUUAGCAUAAAAAUUUCUCUCCCCGAAGAACUGCCCUCGAAAAUGCCUUAUGGACUUACCAUCGGCUAUUGCAUCCCUCGCUCAUGUGCUGCGCACAUUUCUACCAGGUUUAUAUCCAAAGUGACCUCUCUUUUUUCGUUAGAGCUCGAUGAGAUGGCCACAUACUGCCACACAAGUCCUUCUGGUUUGAAGAAAGACGUUUGGUUCUGGAUCGCUGUAGUUACUUUACUUGUGCCGCUGACGUUGGCAGCGUUCGCGACGCUGCUGGAGGGUUUUAUUUGGAUUAACUGGAAGAUAAACAUUCAUCGUCAUCAAGCCACUGGGGAAACGCUAAACGAUGACAAUCUGGCCUCGUCACACAACGAAUGUACUGACCAAUCAGGGGAAAGAUUACUGUUUGGUGCAGACGUAGUAGAUCCAUCCGAUGCACAUUGCUCCUAUGAAGAUCACCGUAAAGAUAAUGCCCUAGUUUACGGACAGGAAAAUGCGCGACUGUGGUCCUUUCAAGUUAUCGUCAGUGGGACACUUUCCGUGGACACAUUUUUCCUUAUGUCCGGACUGAUGGCGACUUAUAUGCUGUUGCCGCGUAUUCAACACGUUAGCGGUUACCUCAAACAUUGCCGGUUUUGGUCCGUCUUCAUUCUACACCGGUUUUUACGAUUAACUCCGGUCUAUCUGUUCGUGAUCAUCAUCUACACUGGCCUCUUUCAUCACUUGUACGACGGCCCAAUGUACCCACAGCGUCCAGAGUUGCUGGACUCUAUCUUUUGCCGGCAACACUGGUGGGCGUCCUACCUGAACAAUUUGGUCUACUCUAAGGAAAUGUGUAUGGCAUGGUCUUGGUAUCUGGCGAACGAGUUCCAAUUCUCCGUCAUUCUCGCUCCGAUCUUUGUCAGCCUCAUCUACUGGAAUGUAGCUGUUGGCCUAAUCUUCGCUAUUCUGCUAGUCCUCUCCUCCAUACUGGCCACUUUCGGGAUCGCUUAUGCACACGAUUAUCUCCCGGGACUACUUUCCAUGUCAUCAUUUGACACUAUCUACAUCAAACCCUACACGCGUUGGGGAACAUACGCUAUCGGGCUCAUCCUCGGUUGGAUCCUGAUUGCUCGGCCCAAAGCGAAUAAGCCCAGACUCUCUGCAAAGAAUGUGGCCAUCACUCUAACAGGUAUGUCUCUGGCGGCCGUUUUCACACUGAGCACCUUGUACGGUCUGUACGGAGUGGUGCGAGAAUUGAAGCCAGAUUUGCCCACUGGAGUGGCGGCAUUUUACACGGCGAUGCAUCGACCAGUGUUUGCACUGGGAGUUGCGAUUGUUAUUUAUCUGUGCGUCAAUGGUUACGCGGAUCCAAUUGAAACUAUGCUGGCCUGGUCCGGUUUUCGGAUUCCAGCUCGCCUUACCUACGGAGUAUAUCUCAUACAACCGCUUGUGAUACUGUUUAUAACACUUGGAAGUCAAACGUCACCAAUCCUGGAUAACCUCUACUUGAUUUCGCUGUUUCUCGCGGUGGUUCCUAUAAGCUACGCAGCGUCCUUCCUCAUGAACCUGACAAUAGAAUUACCUUUUAUGAACCUGGAGAAGCGCUUAUUGCAAACGGUAGCUACAUCCAAUCCUUCAUGAACACGCCCCAUUUUGCUGAUCCCCGCAAAUGAAUUUGAGCUACACAGUGAUGAUACGUACUGUCUCGAUUACAUGUUUGGUUUUGUUUUUAAAUAAAGCAUUACAAAUUGUUUCACACACAUUAAAUCUGUAAAUCGUCUAUCUGAUGAGGGAAUCCUCAUCGUCCAUAAACUAUGCUGG